UCAGUUGUUGUCUUAUCAAAAAUUAGGUGCGUAUUCAAAAAACUGACUCCUCAAAUCAGGCAGCUUCCUUUCUCUUUUAACCUCGAUUGAAUGCGCGUAUUCCGGCGACUCAAGUCGAUGUUUGUCGAAGCACAAUACAGCGAGCACCACGAGGUCUCGAGCAGCGUUGAGACCACCAGACCGAGACUCUCGGCCGCGAUGGAAUCGAGAAAAGCUCUGGUUGAGGAAGGACUGCGAUUCUGCGACCACGUCAAGGACACGCUCAAGAAACUCGACGAUGACCUGGAAGGUGCACUAAUUUUGGUUUAUGAAAAGGAGGAGCACAUCAAAGUGCUCAUGAUCCAGAUAACCGAGUUUGAGGAAAAGCUGAGCGAGAAGUCAUCAAAGUAUGAAGAGCUGAAGGACGAAUAUGAAAACUUCAAAUCAGAAUGUGAGCAGAAGAUGGACGAUCUGAAGGACAAACUGAAGGAUUUAGAUGAUUUGCGCGAAAAAUUGGACGACGCCAAGUCGAGGGCUGACGAGGCAGACAGUCUCAAGGACAAAGUGUCCGAGCUGGAGGAGAAACUUUCAGAGGCAGACAAUUCCAGCAAGAACAUUAUUGAUGAACUCAAUAAAAAGCUAGAAGAAAAAGAGGCUGAGAAUGACGAGCUGAGAAAAAAAUUGGAGGCGCUCAUGGCUUCAAAGAAAGAUGACGGCUCAAGCAGUUCCUCUUCAGAUGAGGAAUAGAAACGUCUCAAUAAGGAUCAAUUAUUUUAACAAUCCUAUAUGUGUUGACUAGUCACGUGUUGGCAAAUGAACUUUUCAAUUAAAGAGCUUUAGCGGAGCAUAAUAGAAAAA